CUGAGGGGCGGUUUGAGAAGGCUGCAGUGGAGUACCAGGAACAGCUGUGUGCCGUGACGGGGAUGGACUGUUCCAUUAAGGGCUUUGACCGCUCACUCCUCAAACUGGGCGGAGCAAACAGCUCUAACACAGCCAGCCCCAAACACAACGGCAACGGUGAGACACACAGCUCUAACACAGCCAGCCCCAAACACAACGGCAACGGUGAGACACACAGCUCUAACACAGCCAGCCCCAAACACAACGGCAACGGUGAGACACACAGCUCUAACACAGCCAGCCCCAAGCACACUGGCAACGGUGAGACACACAGCUCUAACACAGCCAGCCCUAAACACAACGGCAACAGACACACAGCUCUAACACAGCCAGCCCCAAACACAACGGCAACGGUGAGACACACAGCUCUAACACAGCCAGCCCCAAACACAACGGCAACGGUGAGACACACAGCUCUAACACAGCCAGCCCCAAACACAACGGCAACGGUGAGACACACAGCUCUAACACAGCCAGCCCCAAGCACACUGGCAACGGUGAGACACACAGCUCUAACACAGCCAGCCCCAAACACAACGGCAACAGACACAGCUCUAACACAGCCAGCCCCAAACACAACGGCAACGGUGAGACACAGCUCUAACACAGCCAGCCCUAAACACACUGGCAACGAUGAGACACACAGCUCUAACACAGCCAGCCCCAAACACACUGGCAACGAUGAGACACACAGCUCUAACACAGCCAGCCCCAAACACACUGGCAACGAUGAGAACGCGGAAUAGGGGGACAUUUCAGAGGCAACCACAAGCUGAUAAUAAAUCCAAGUGUUCC